AUGGCUACCAAUUCCAAAGUCGCUGAUGACAGCAGUACACCUCCUUCAUAUGACACAAUCUCAGCAAGUCCCAUUCAAUGUGAUCAAUCAUCCAUAUUUUCCUCUUGUCGCUUGAAGGAGAAACAUACAGCUGUUCUGUCCCGCAUCCGUGAUAUCGUCUUAGGCCCUGAUUUCAUCCCUUCUUCUGUUGUUCCAAAUGUCAAUGCCUGUGCUGCUGCUCUCCCAGCUGCCGAGUUCUCCAAAAUCCUGAAAGAACGCAAUAUCGAGGGCCACACAGCACUGUAUUGGGUGAUUGUGAACAAUCGGCCACAAGCUCUUUGGGCGUUGAACAAGUUCAUUUUCAUUUUCAGUUAUUAUUCCUCUGUUUGUGAAGACGACUUACGCACUGCAUGCAUGAUAACUAGCAACCAGGAAAUUUUUAUCCAGCUAGCUCUUGGAAGAAGCGAAAACAGGGAUUUCAGACGCCUUUUGGGUUGCCCAUUGGAUCAGCUUCAGGUACACACGUGUGAUGAACCCGCCAACCAGUUCAAUGUUGUUCUGCAAAUCGGGAUGUUCCAAAAACGCCUGCACUCCACUGCUAUUAGUGAUACAAAGUUGAUAUACGAAUUUGUUGCGGGGGGAUGCAUAUGGUGGUUGCGCUUCCACAUGCCAGAGCCUAAUAAUGGAAUAUGGCACGUCAAGAUUGGUCUUUGUCGGUCUAGCCAUCCAGCGCGUCUCAAUGCUGUACUUGUGAUCGAGGCACACAACCGGAAAUCUGGCAGUGCAGCCCCACCUGAAGCACUAAAAAUUCUAUUAUCAUUGGCGGACACAAAAUUUGUGGCCCUUACACCUUGGCUGUAUGUUGAAUUUGGUGCAUCUGUAACACCUACCGGAGCACCUACCGGAGCCCCAGCUCUUCCUACACCAGCCCCCACUCUGCUAGACUCCCAACGCAGCAGAACACUGCCUGCACUUAGAAAGACAGCGGUCUGGACUGCUGUGAUGCCGCCCCUGGCGCUGUAA